ACUGUCCCGGCUGUCAGGGCUUCAGGCGACCUCCCGCAUGUCCAGGGAGGGGGGACGUCGUGUGCACGGGCGCCCACCUCCCGCAGCGCGGCAGAAAAAAAGGCAUACUAUUGCAUAGCGGCUGAUCAUGGCGACCUCUGGAGAAGACAGUAACCCCAGUGGCGGAGCGACACCCUGGCCCCUGGUGCAGCUGCCGGAGCUCGAGCCGAGGGUGGCCCGCCGCCGCCUGUCCCAGGCCCGCCACCGAGCCACCCUGGUGGGGCUGUUCAGCAACCUCCGGAAAAUGGUAUACUCCCAGUCCGAUCUCACAGCCUCAAAGUGGCAGGUCUUGAAUAAGGCAAAGAAUCGUAUUCAGGAGCUGGAGCAAACCUUGGACAAUCUUCUGAAGCUGAAAGAAUCCUUCAAGCUGGAGGACGGGAAUGCAAACAGCUUAGAGGAGGUCAAGGCAGAGUAUGCCAGCAUGUGCUCCGGAAAUCACAGCCUGGUCUCAAAUAAGAUUCAUCAUAAAGGCUCUGCCAUCUGGUGCCCAGUUGAGGCCGUUGGGAAGAAUACUGACGGGGAGGAAGGGGAGGAAGAGGAGGAAGAAGAGGAGGAAGACCAAGAAGAGGAGGAAGAAGAGGAAGAGGAAGAAGUGGAAGAGAAAGAAGAGAAAAAAGUGGAGCUCUCACACUCCCAGGUCACCUGGCUGCCAGACCUCAUGGAUUUUGAACGGUAUCUCAACUUUUACAAACAGACGAUGGACCUUCUGAUCGGGAACGGGAUUGUCUCCUCACAGGAGGUGACACUCCCCAUAGUCUCUGCAGCCAUCUCCCACCUGUGGCAGAACCUCUCUGAGGAGAGGAAGGCCAGUCUCCUGCAGGCCUGGGCACAGAGGCACAGCGGCCUCCCGGGCCUUGCUGGUGCCUAUGAUGAGCCAGGCUGUGCCGAGGGCAGUGUGAAGGACAGUGGAGUUGACAGCCAGGGAGCCAGCUGCUCGCUCGUCUCUACCCCGGAGGAGAUACUCUUUGAAGAUGCCUUCGAUGUGACAAGUUUCCUGGACAAAAGCGAGGCUCCGAGUACAUCGAGCUCUAGCUCAGCGUUUGCCGGCAGCAAUCCAGAAAACCCAGAGGAGAAGUUUCAGCUCUAUAUGCAGAUCGUCGAUUUUUUUAAAGGCCUGUGCUGUGUUAACACUGAGUUAAAACAGGAACCGGACCUUCCCAUUGACGAUGAGAUGAUCAUGUUGAGAUGCAUGGAGACCUUCGAUGAUGACCUGUGACCCACAAGGGCUGGGCAGGGAGGGGGCG